AUGUCUGCCGCUCAGCCUGUGCAUCAGGUCCCUGAGUUCUUCCAUCUCGCAGACACUGCAGACAUUCUCCAACUAGUCGUAGACAUGUUUAAUCGACUCAUCACCCACAACGAUGCAAUCCCCGUCACCCCAAAUAACCUCACUCGCUUCCACUCUCGUGCAAACCCGGCCAUAUCCAUAGGCGACUAUCUUCGCAGAAUUGUAAAGUACGCUUCCGUCGAAAAGAGUGUAUUGCUCCUACUCCUCAUAUACAUUGAUCGCUUGUGUGAGAGGCACAAGACGUUUACUAUUAGUAGUCUCACUGCUCAUAGAUAUAUAAUAACAGCUGUAACUGUAGGCUCAAAGGCCCUCUCUGACAUAUACCCCACAAAUACCCAUUUCGCAAAAGUAGGCGGUAUAUCCGUCAUGGAAUUAAACCUCCUCGAACUCGAAAUGUGUACCAUGAUUGGAUGGAGACUUGCUGUAACCGUCGAAACUCUACAACAGUAUUACAUCAAUCUUGUCAGGACUAGUAAUCUCUUUGCGCUUGCUCCUAAUACAGGUGGUGGUAACAGUCCAACAACAUCAAAUAACGAUGGAGGAGGAGGGUCCAGCAGUGGAAUACCGAUACGUAACCUUAUACCGGAAUUCAUCAUACCGUCACCUCCACCGGAUAGAAAGUAG